GCAGUCGCCUGCCCGCGUGGCAAGCUUUCACGGGCGGGCGCUCUGCCAGGAAGCUGCGCGCAGCCCCCCGGGAGCCGCGCUUUGUGGUAGCGGCUGCGCGGGGCCGGGACUCGGUUGAGAAGUUCAGCCCAGUCGCAUACUUGGGCAACUACCGCAAGAAGCCAGAGCAGCAGGCUGGCCGUUGCGAUAUUCGGAUCAAGCGAAACGAGCAAGAGACUGCCGGUCGCUUGGGCGUGGCGCGUCGCGCUGUGCUUUGAUCACGACCUUUCGCACUGCCGGGGCGGAAGCUCAUACGACCGUGGUGGGCGAUAUGCGGCUCAACAGUAUGACAAUGCCUGACAUCCAUGGC